CGCUGCUGGUGCUAGUGCUGAUGACGUCACUGGUGGUGACCGUUAGUGGGCACUUGAAUAACAGUGAGGAGAUUUUUCUCUUCCCUGCAGUAUGGCGCUGGUAAAAAACGGGUGGCUUUACAGACAGAGUACCAUCUUGCGUCGCUGGAAGAGAAACUGGUUUGAUCUCUGGUCAGAUGGGCGUCUGAUCUUUAGUGCUGACGAGCUCAGCCGUUACAUGGAGGGCGAUAUUCAUAUGAAGGUGGACUGUAUCAACAUCCGGACUGCCAACACAUGUCAAGAUCUGAAUCCUCCUGAAGGAAAAUGCAAAGAUGGCAUUUUUCAGAUUGUGUGCCGUAACGGUCGUGUUAUAAGCCUGUGCGCAGACAGUACAGACAGCGCCUUAGCCUGGACCAUGUCCCUCCAAGCUGCCAGAAUGAACACUGUUAUGAACCCCCCCCAGAAUGGGAUUUCCUCUAAUGAUGUCUUACCUUCUGCUCCUCCUUUGGAUGUGGAACUGAACCCAACUCCUCAGGUUUACUACCCAGACCAGUAUGGAGACUACGUCUCUACUCCACCUUCACCCAACAACACUCAUGUGAUGUACCCUGUAUUCUGGCAGCGACAAGCACAUGCUUCCCCCUCUCAGUACCAAGAAUCAAACCCUGAACAUCAUGUCACCCACGCGGUCACUGAGGGGCGUCACCAUGGUGCUGCAGGAGAGAAGGUUCUCCUUGUAAUGUCUGGUGCUGCAACAGCAGUCACGAUCGGUUCCUUUUUAUCAUCUGUAUUUUAACCUGAACGUCUGACGUGUGCUCCUGCAGUGCUGAAGCAGUUAAUACUUACUAAGUAAAGACCAAGAGCUGAUCCUAGCUAUGUUAGCUAUGAUUGGGAAGUUCUGUGACCUGACUGGCACUUACAAACUAACGUGUGGACCAAAGCCAUGUGUAUGAAUUGAAUUUGACUGGCAAGCUAUCAGCUUUUGUUUACAUGGGACGGCACCAUGGCACUUAGCAGUACAUUGCCAUGUCAGUUUAUGUUUUUUUAGUCUAUAGUGUUUUAACUUAAGGUGCCUAUACAGUAAAUUUUCUGUUUAUACCCAGAUAUACAUGGGAAGAGUUUGGUAUACAUUAUGAAAAUUUGUUUGCAGAUUUUUGCUUUUAAAUACUCCUCAAAUAGAAAAAAAUUGCCUCAGUACCAGUAGGUGGCCUCAGCUUCAAUUAUUAAAUAGAAUAAAGAAUUAAAUAGGUGUAAAGAUCAGUAAGAUACUUACAUGCAGUUUCUAUAGUAAACAUUUGUCCCGUUGGUGGGAAAUGGUCAUUUAAACUGAUAACAAAGUACAAAUCUAUAUGCUUUAUGAUCUGUAAAAUCAACCAUUUGACGUGUAAUGUUAUAUCCAAAUUAAAUGCAAAUUAUUUUGGCUUUGGACUAUAAAAUAGCUAUUAGGUUGCAACAAAGCUCAGAUUUGAAUAUGAACGUCUGUGUUGAUUGCUUCAACACUGUAGCCACAGUGAUAGUUUGUUCAUUAAAUUAUAAAGCACUAGAGGCUUUACGAGCUUCUUUAACUCCGGCUUUACUUGCUUGUAUUUUGUGUGCACUUUACAUUCCAAAAAUGAAAAGCUGCUAACAGUAUGAUUGUUGGAGAAUAAUACUGCUUUAUAUUGCACUAUUUCAGCUUAAUUGUUAUUUAUUCAUUUUGGGUUUGUGGAAAAAAUGUUUGUUUGUGGAAAAAAGUAAUUGUCUAACUUAUUGUAAUAUUUUCUUCACCUGAAUAUUUGCACAGGGGUUUGGAUUAUGUUUAUGUAUUAGGUUUUUAAUUAAAUACACAGUAGCAUUAUUAAUGAUGGUCUCUGAUUUGCUGUUUACACAUUUAUAUUGCUUUAUGUGAGACAAGGACCUAAAUCAUGUCACUGUUACUCCUUGACCCCACUGAGCUUCACAUAUAUCUGAAUUUUGUGGACCAAUACCUAAAAGUUCAGAAUUCAUGUACGUUUCAUGGUUUUAAUGUAUUACUGUUAUGAUUGUAUAAAUAACCAAUAAAGAGCUUUAACUUUUUUCUUA